AUGCAAGAGCAGCAGCUCACGGCGCUGUACACCAAUAUCGUUCCUGCAGCCAAGAUCACGAUCCUCAACGCCCAAAAAUGGAGCAAGCGCCUCGAGACAAGGAUUCUCCCAGCUUUGCAGCGGGCCCUCCGCGUCAAAUGCGAUGUCCGUGUGGUCUUGUCCCAUCUCUGCAUCGACUCUGUCGGGACGACGCUGGCACCGACGCCCGAGAUACCGCAUGCCGUCGGGACGCUUCUGGUGUCCUUGCCGUCGAUGCACCAGGGCGGCGAGCUGACGUUCACUAACGGCACCGACGUUCUGGAACUAACGGCGUCGCAGCAAGUAGUGCAGCUCUUUGCUUCGUUCAACAAUAUCACGAGUGCACCGAUCACAUCCGGCUGUCGCGUGGCGCUUGUGUACGCCUUGGUGUGCGACCCAGAAGCGUGGGUGCCACCGCCGACCCGGGAUGACGUCAUCGAAGCCCUUGCCGCGAUCGCCCAAGACCCACCGCAUGACAUUCAGCGCAUUGCGCGCGCAGUCCAUGUCGUUGUUGCAUAUCCGGAAACUCUCUCGUUUCAACACCUCAAGCGCAUCGACAAGACGCUUGUGGACGUCCUCGUGGCGACGGGUGGCUAUGACAUUUCGCUGGUCGACUUCCAAGAGACCUCACCCCCCACCCCCGACGUCUACGGCGGCUAUGAUCUUGAGGACGACUGGUGGGGCGAGGACCCGUAUUUCGAGUACGAAGUGCAGUACGAGAACUGCGUCACUCGCAUCGAAAGCCUUGCUGACAUCCCCUUCGCCGUGACGUCGGGUGUCCAAAACAAGGGCGCCGACCUCUUCUUGAGCGACGACGCUUCCGCCAACGGGUCCGAGUGCCCCGCCACCGCGAUCCUUUUCUGGCCCAAGCGCUGCCGCGUGGUCAUCGCUGGUCCGUCGCGCGCGGUGCCUUUGCUGAAAGAGGCCAUUCGCAACGGUCAAAUCACGGACCUCUUUGGUCUCAGUCUCCACGACUUUGUGCUCGGUACGCUGACGGCGUUCGACGUUGCUGCCAGCGCGAUCAACGACAACGACGCAGUUGAGCUCGGGCAUCUCUUGCUCCAGUACAACGACGUCGAGGUACUCGAGCGCUUCCUUCGGAAUACGCUGCCCCUGUCGACCUGGCGAAGUGACGGCGCCGCGGAAUGUCUCCACGAGAGCUUGGAAACCUUUGGGUGGCCGGCGCUGCUACCCGCCGUCGAGGCCUUCCUUGCACGUGUGGCCAAGAAGUACAACGGCACCCGUGCUAUUUGUCGCCUCCUUGCCAGCUUGGCGGGUCUAUCGACGGAGCCUGAAGCUCUCUGUCCGCCGUUGAACCAGCCGUUCGCUGGCGAGUUUCUCAAGGCGUGCUGGCAGGCGGCGCUCAUGGAGCCCUGUUUCAAACCUGGUGACGCCCCCACCGAGCACUCCAUUCUGUUGGAUUGGUACUUUGACACUGGGCUGCCGACGCGGCCGGGCGACAACUACCUCGGUCAGUGGCUACCACCGCCGGUCCUCUUGAUUGUCGACAGCUUUCUGUAUGCGCGCCGCGUCGGCUCGCACUCGGCGCUCACGGCGGCUCCGUCGCCAUGGCAUCAAUUGAAGUAUCUUCCCAAGGCCUUGCUGGCGGUCAUUCCGCUUCAGCCAUCACUACAUCAAGCGCCGUACGUUGCCGCCAUCAAGACUGCGUUGACUGUGCAGUCGAAGCACGGGCAUUUGAGCGCAUGUGAGAUUGCGGCCUUGCUGCAGUACAUGGAGGUCGUCGGUGGUUUUGAUGCGACGCUCCUAUCGACGUGUCGAGCUUGUUCCCGACCGAUCACCGACAUCCUAUCGGCCAUCCUGAUGUUCGUCCAGCACGCGCCUCUAUCGACGGCAACCGGCGCUUUCGUGACAAGCUUUCUGCUCGAUUUCGCCCCGACACUCCAGCAUCCACGCCGCGACAGCUACGGCAAAAGCCCAACCAGCUCGGUCGCCGACCUUCUCAGUGCCCUCGUGAUCGUGUCGUCCAAAGCGGCGCGAAAGUGUGCGGCCGAAUGGCGCUCGGCGCUACCGGGAACUCUCGACGCCACCCGCGACGAGCUUUGGCCGCUCGUCAAGGAGCUGCGGCGCCAGGUAUCGGAUGCGCGCUUCCGAGAAUUGCUCGUCUACUUGGCCUCCGAGUGCCGGGCGGCUUUUGUCGGCGGCGGUGCGCUUGCCCCGCUGCCAGCCUUCACGGACUACGCCUUCACCGACAUUGAAAUCGACGCAGCCCACUGCGGCGAGUGCGCUGACUUUCGCUGCUUUCUCCGCACCGGCUGUGAUACGGUGAUGACGAUCGAUAUGUCUCUCUGCCUCGAGAUCGAGUGCGCCGUCCAGCGUCACCCUCAGCAGCUCGAACUCGAGCGCGACUAUGAAGGCGGGUUGGACUAUUUUAUCCUGCGGAAGCGAACGCAGCCUGGCAUGGCGUCGACGGACGCGGCCGAAGCCCACUCGCGCCGCGAGGACGUGCACCUCACACCGAAGCCUUCGGAACCCAAGAAGGGCAAAAAGCGCCCCGGCGCCCUCAUGGAGCAAAACCAAGAGAAGAAGACGACCGAGCACCAAGCGAUCGACUUUUACCAAAAGGCAAGUCCUCCUCGAUCGUCUGGGGUCGAAAUCGCCCAUAGCGCGACGGGGGUUGAGGACCACGUCAAGGCCAUUGAGCUCAUCUCGAUGGCGAUCGCAGUCCGACCUGGCCACGCCCGAUAUUUCCUCGCGCGCGGCAACAGCCUCCGCGCCAUCAACGAGUUUGAAGCUGCGAUCUCCGACUUUGACAUGGCCAUUUCGCUCGACGACAAGUGUCCGACCUACUAUGCCAGUCGGGGCACGUGCUUCCGCAAGCUCGGACGGGCCGCCGAUGCGCUGGAAGACUUUACCCUUGCAAUCGAGUACGAUACGAAGCGGGGCACUCACUAUUUCAACCGCGCGCUCGUCCUCUACGACAUCAACCACUAUGAGCUUGCGAUCAGCGACUUUACAAAGGCCCUCGACGAUGCGUCGGGUGGACCUCGCACGGAAUUUCGCGCGCUCCAUAGCCGCGGCAACUGCUACCGCCGGCUCGGCCUCUUUGACAAGUGCGUGGACGACAUGAUGCAAGCGAUCAAGCUUGAACCGCGCAACUCGACGGUUUACAACUCGCUCGCGCAGUGCUACAUGGAGUACCAUGAUGUGGAAAGUGCGAUCAAGCACUUCUCGACCGCGAUCACGCUCCUGGAUUCAAACCCUGCGUACUACAACAACCGCGGCCAAGCGUACUUUGAAAAGGGCCACGAGUACGAUCGCAUGGCGCUCGCAGAUUUCCACCUGGCCAUCAAACUUGACGGCAAGGACGCGCAGGCCUACUACAA